AUGUAAUAAACUUAUAAUCCAGAUGAGAGAAUUACAAUUGAAUUAUUUUUAGCUGCAAGAUAAUUACCUAAUCUUGAAUUCUUUUCAAAAAGUGAUCCAUAUUUGGAACUAUAUUAUACGUUAGUUGGUGAAACAGAAAUAUUCUUAGGUAGAACAGAAACUGCAGAAUGCAAUUUAGAUCCUAAUUGGGAAAAGACUUUUGAUCUUGAAUAUUAACCAGAUCUAACAUAAAUAUUAAGAUUUUAAAUAUUUGAUUAAGAUAGAAUGGGCAGAGAAUUCAUGGGUGAAGCUUAAACAACUGUUAAAGAAAUAUUGUAAUAAAAAAAUUCACUAAUUUCUUUAUAAAUCAAGAAAUUUGACAAAGCAGCAGGAUAGUUGAUUUGUAAAGCAUAAUAAUUCAAAUAAUCUAAUUAUUAUGUUUAAUGGCAAUUUUCUGGAAUUAAUAUUAAGAAUAUGGAUGGAAUAUUUGGUAAGACAGAUCCUUUUUUAAAACUUUAUUUAUUUUCAGAAGGAGUAUGGUGUUAAAUAUAUUAAACAGAAUAUAUAAAAAAUGAUCUAAAUCCUAAAUGGAAAGAAUUUCAAGUUUCUCUUUAAAGAUUAUGUUUAAAUGAUGAAAAUAAAAAGUUUAAAGUUGAAUGUAUUGAUAGACAUGAAAAAGGCAUAAACAAUCGUAUAGUUGGUUCAUUUGAAACUACAAUUGAUGAAAUUUUUACUAAAAAUGUUGAUUCAUUUUAAUUAAUUUAACAAAAAGGAGAAUCAGCAGGAACAAUUAAAAUACUCAAUAAAAAAAGAAUAUAUAAAGCUAAUUUUGAUGACUAUAUUAAAUAGGGCCUUAAAUUUAACAUAAUAAUAGGAAUUGAUUAUUCAUCUCAUAAUGGUGUUCCCCAAUUUCCUGAUUCCUUGCAUACCUUAAUUGAAAAUAACAAUAUUUAUCAAAAAGCACUAAAUGAUAUUUCUAAAGCUUUAGAAAACUAUGAUAUUAAAAAAUUGUUAGCACUUUAUGGAAUAGGAGCUGAGCCCCAUUUUUCUAAUUACUAUAAAAAUAGUUAUUAAACACUCUUUCCAUUAACAGGAGAUAUCUAAAAUCCAUAAGUUAUAGGUUAUUAAUAAGCAGUUAACUUAUAUUAGAAAAGACUACCUGAAAUUAUUGUCAAAGGAGACCUCAAGCUUUUAGAUUUUCUUAAGUACAUUUAAACUGUGGCUGAAUAUAAUGCAGAAAAGUUAAUCUAUACAAUUACCGUUGUUUUAGGCUAAGAAUAAAUAACUGAUUUAAAAGAAGUUUAAAAUCUAAUUUUACAAGGUAUUUUAUUUUAUUCUAACUUAGGUUAUAAAUUACCUUACUCUUUAAUAUAUGUUGGAGUUGGAUAAGAAUAAUUUAAAGAUAUUAGAUUGAUCAAUGAUUUAAUUAAUUCAUAAAAGCCACCAAUUAGAAAUAAUUUUAGUUUUUAUUAAUAUCAAGAGGAUUUAGAUUUAAGUUUACUUAAAAAACAUUUAAUGAAAGAUUUACCAAAUUAAGUUGUUACAUACCAUUAAUAAUUAAAUUUGUAAGUAUGA